GCAGAAGAAGAAAAUGUAAACAGUAAACUGCGGGUCGUUGUCCUCCUGCAUAGACCUAUUUCAACAUGUCUGGACUGAAGUUCUGUGCGAACCUUUCCUGGCUCUUCACCGAGCUGCCGGACUUCAGCCAGAGGAUCUCCGCGGCCGCUGCUGCUGGCUUUCAGGCUGUGGAAGCCGGCUGGCUUUACGACUCCGACCUGGCGGAGCUCCAGAGAGCCAGAGAGGCUGCAGGAGUGGAGCUGGUCCUCAUCAACACCCCGCCUGGAAAUAUCAGAGCAGGCGAUCUCGGUCUGGGAGCCGUUCCCGGGAGAGAAGCCGACUUCAGACAAGGUCUGGAUCUGACUGUAAAAUACGCAAAAGCCUUGAACUGUAAACGGAUUCACCUGAUGGCAGGGAGGAUUCCUGUGGACUCUAACAGACAGACAGUUGCUCAGGAAAUGGAGGCGGUCUUUUUGAAGAACCUGAGUUACGCUGCUGAUGUCCUCUCAAAGGAGGGACUCACUGGACUGAUUGAGCCCAUCAACACCAGGAUCACUGACCCCAGAUAUUUCCUGGACUCUCCUCAUCAGGCGGCUGCGAUACUGGAGAAGGUUGGGAAACCAAAUCUCAAGCUACAAAUGGACGUGUUUCACUGGCAAAUAAUGGACGGAAACUUGACACAGAACUUAUUCAAAUAUUUCCCCAUCAUAGGUCAUGUCCAGGUUGCUCAGGUUCCUGGCAGGAAUGAACCUGACAGUGACGGAGAGCUGAACUACAGUUACCUUUUCAACACUCUGGAAAAACUGGGCUACCAAGGGUACAUAGGCUGUGAAUACAAACCAUUAGAAUCCACAGAGAAGGGUCUGGAUUGGAUCAAACAAUACCAGACACACAAAGCUUUAUGAGCUCUGAUGGUGGAGCACAAAACUGUCCUCCAGGUUUUAAGAUGGUUCUUUUUAUUUAUUUUUUAAACAAUAAGGACAUUUUUCUCACUGAUCCUCAGCCUCGCCCUGCCUUCUUGCUGUGGUUUGUUGAAGAUCUGAUCAGCCUCUGAAGUUCCCCAUCGACCAGACUGAGACAGUCAACAAAGAACAGAAAAUAUUGAAGCACAGGUGUGCCAAAUCCAAAGGCUGGAACCAUUAGAGUGCCUCAAAAGACUGAGCAAAGGGUUUUAAUGGAGAUAUAAUUUGAGUUGAUUAUUUUCAUUAAGUUUAUAAAAUUGUAUAAAAAGUCUCACUUUGUCAUUGUGAGAUGUUUCUAAUUUUAAUAAUCACAAAAUGCAGAAAAACUGAUCCAUGCUUGAUUAUCAUGAUUUAAAUUAGGAUCCAAAAUGAUUUGUGAUUUAAUGUUCUGUUGUACAGUGCUCCGAGUUGAUUUUUGUAGUGAAUUAAUGUGAAAUAAAUAAAGUUUAAAUAAUUUUA